AUGACCCAAACCGAGACCACUGGAAGUAUUAUUGUUGAGAAUGGAGUUGCAGAGAAUGUACUGCAAAAAGAGAACACAAAAGAAGUAGGCAUAGCAGAGGAGAUAGUAAGUAAAGAAGCAAUAAAAGAAUCUUCUACUAAAGUAGUGUGUAAUGAGCACACUCCAAGAAGAACUCUUCUUCUUCUUUCACUAAAAGCUCCGGGCGCAUGCAGGCAGUUAGUUAGUGAUCUUAUAUCUCUGCUACCAGAGAACACUGCCAGAGACUCUAAGCUAAAGGACAGAUUCUCAGUAUACGAUGUGGCAGACAUUGCUGAAAUGAGAGAUGCAGAGAAUGCACUUGUCAUUGAGACACGAAAGAAAAGCCCUGCCCCAAUUAUGUGGGCUGUUUCAAAGAACGGGUCUACAGAGGGGUCUAAAUACGAUGUGAUUAAGUUUAUGCUGACUGGAGUGUAUACUAUGAGCGAGCUUAAGUUUAUAGGAAAUCCUUUGGCAAACACGCAAAUGACAACUCUGUUCACAGAAGACUUUGAGAAGAGUUCUGGUCUGAAAAAAGCAAAGAAUAUUCUUUCGCAGAUUUUCAACACAACCACUGCAUCUUCAGCCGCUCCUACAUCUUCUAUGGAUUACGUAGAUAAAAUUGCAUCUUUCUUUAUUCUUGACAACACAAUUCACGUUAGAUUCUACCACAUACAGAAGAAAACCCGGGAGGCAGAAAAGAUCAUUGCAAGCAGAUUAAGACAGGAGCAAAAGAUGAAUGCCGAGAAAAAGGAAGAGGAGAAGUUAGAAGAGAUUGAAGCGAACAACAAGCCAGAUAACGAAACCGAGGUAGACCCAAACAUAGAAGCAGCAAUGGCAGCCACUGACCAAGUUCCAUGGUACGAGAUUCAUGAGUGUGGACCAAGGUUUACUCUACACCCAAGGGAGAGUGACUUAGACGACAAUUACACAGAAGAAACACAAGAAAAGAAUUAAAAUUCUUAAAUAUUUAUUAGAUAUACGUUUAAAUUUGAUGACCGCGCAUGUUAAUGUACUUCAUUCCUGUUAAGAGAACGGAUGCACCCACAAUUAGACUAAGCUGAUCUCUGUUAUUCACUGAAACAUGAAUUACUCCAGAUCGGCAGAAGUAUGGAAUACUUCCCAUGUUUAAUAAAACAUUUUUACAGUGCGAC